AGUCGUAGUUGUACGUUGUUUGUGUAGUAGGUUCGUGACUUUUUAUCUCAUUUUCUCUGCAAAAGAUUCUUCAUCAUUUCCCCACUACUAGUAUAUCUUUUGGUUCCACAACAGAAGAUAAACAUAUAACCACCACAGAUAUAGAUACAUAUACACAAAAUUACAUAACACUAGUUCAUUUUAAAAAAUACCCAUAUUUGUUGGUGGUGAGGUAAUAAUAAUGGAGGUGUGGUCAUGCCCAACAAUCCCAACUUUGCAGAGGCCUUGGUGGUGGAGGUGGAUUAGUAUUGGAGGAGAAGAAGAAAGGAGGAGGAAGAGAGAGUUUUGUAGCUCUGUAUUUUCUGCUCUUCUUCGUUACCUCUUCUAUGCUUUCUUCUCUUUCUUCUUUGCUAUUGUUGGGACGACGAUAGGAGCAAUGACAGGGGCAGUGUUUGGGAUGAAAAGUGAGAGGAAGAUUGGAUUAGUACAUGGGGCUGCUGUUGGAGCAAUCACUGGAGCUACUUUUUUCCUUCACGCCGUUAAUGCUUCGUUUGCUUUCUGGAUUUCAUUUCAUGACGAUGAACCUCCCUCGUUCCAUCUCUUCAUUGAGGUUAUCACAAGCCUUCUGAAACCAACACUGGUGUACCUGGGAGAAGAGUUUGGUCCAGGCAUGCAUGGUCCAGUAAGGAAUCCGGUGGCCACCGUUGAAACAAACAAUCAAGUCCCAAGAUUUUUAGACAGAAAGGGAGGCAAUGCUUUACAUAGAGGUUCAAUACUUGAUAAGCUCCCAAAGACUAAAAUCACAGACAAGAAUAUCUAUGACUCUUCAGGAAAUAGAAUCUCCUGCUCAGUUUGCCUUGAGGAUUUUGAAGUUGGAGAAGUAGCUGAAAGGUUGCCAAUAUGUCUGCACAUGUUUCAUCGACGUUGCAUUGCUAAAUGGCGCGUUAGGCACCGGUCUUGCCCCUUAUGCAGAACCAACCAAUAACACUUUGAUGUUUCAUUUUUUGGCUAUUUUUUUCUUUAUAUUUUUUUAUUUUUUAUUUGUAUUAUUUAAAUAUCAUUAAUUUUUUUUUUUUUAAUGGUGAAUUCUACAUGUACACAUGAUUAUAUAGAUC